GCAGAAAGUAUCAAAAUUCCGCUCUGAAAAGCAUUACAGGUCCUGAUGGCCCAAUCCCUACUGCAAGGCAAGGGCACCCGAGUUCCCCAAGUUCCUCCCUCCUCCCGCAUGCAGUAAAGUUGUCUGCUCUAAGGUUCACUGAUGACCGUCAGCCCGAAGGUGAGCUGGGCCAGGGUAGCGACGGCGCAAGGGACGAGCGGGGUAGUGUCAAAGGCCCCCCUUCAUGUACACAAACACACUCCCUUCCAGCCCCUCCCAACGCUUUGAAAUCCCAUCCCGGCUUUGUUGUCUCCCCCAGAGGGGCCGGAACGCUCCAAGCCCGCAGUAUAAAGGCGGUGGCGGUGGCGGUGGCGGCGCAGAGCUCGUGCGCCCCGCAGGCAGGUCUCUAGGGCGCUUGGAGGCGCUCGGAACCCUGACUCCGCAGCCGCGCCCGCACGGCUCACUCCGGACCAGGCUCCUUUCUCUUCCUUUUACUUUCGUCCUUCUGAGAUGACGACUCCGCGCGCGGCGGGAGCUGCCCGGGUCUUGGUCGCCUUCGUAGCCGCGGCUCUUUGCGGCCACCCUCUACCGGGAGCGAGCGCCACCUUGAACUCGGUUCUCGUCAAUUCCAACGCCAUCAAGAACCUACCCCCACCGCUGGGCGGCGCUGCCGGGCACGCAGGCUCCGCAGUCAGCGCAGCUCCGGGAAUUCUGUUCGAGGGUGGGAACAAAUACCAGACCAUUGACAACUACCAGCCGUACCCGUGCGCCGAGGAUGAGGAGUGCAGCACAGAGGAGUACUGUGCGAGUCCCACCCGAGGAGCGGGUGCCAGAGCGCAAAUCUGCCUGGCCUGCAGGAAGCGCCGAAAACGCUGCAUGCGUCACGCUAUGUGCUGCCCCGGAAAUUUCUGCAAAAAUGGAAUAUGUAUGCCCUCUGAUCACAGUCAUUUCCAUCGAGGGGAAAUAGAGGAAACCAUUAUUGAAAGCUUUGGUAAUGAUCACAGCACCCUGGAUGGGUACUCCAGAAGAACUACACUGUCUUCAAAAAUGUAUCAUACCAAAGGACAAGAAGGUUCUGUCUGUCUCCGAUCAUCAGACUGUGCCACAGGGUUGUGUUGUGCUAGACAUUUCUGGUCCAAGAUCUGUAAGCCUGUUCUCAAAGAGGGUCAAGUGUGCACCAAGCACAGGAGAAAAGGCUCCCACGGGCUGGAGCUAUUCCAGCGUUGUUACUGCGGAGAAGGUCUAUCUUGCCGGAUACAGAAAGAUCACCAUCAAGCCAGUAACUCUUCCAGGCUUCACACUUGUCAGAGACACUAAGCCAGCUGUCUGAACACAGUGGACUCAUUUUAUAUAAUAUAUGCUAUGAAAACCUUAUGUGACUUUUGUCAGCUCCAUCCUAAAGGAUGUGCAAAUUCUGUGGUUAUAGUUAAGCAUUCCAAUAAUACCUUCUGAAAAUCUGGAGUGUAAGAGCUUUUUGUUUCAUUAUGGAACUCCACUGUCAUUGAUUGCAGUAAAUUACUGUGUUGUAAAUUCUCAGUGUGGCACUUAGUUGUAAAUGCAAAAAAACUUUUUAAUUAUUUUUCUAAAGGUGCUGCAUUGUCUAUUGUUCCCUUUGUUAUGUAAUUUUUUGUACAGAUUGUUAUCUUGACUGCUAAAUUUUCUCUGUUGAAUGGAAAUAACUUCAGUUUAUACUUCCUAAAUGCAUAAUCCUGUCCCCUUUUAAUUCUAGAAUCUAGAAUGCACGGAGCUUGCUGAAUGACAAAUGAUAAGGUAUCUAAAGUUGAUCAAGAAAAUUCUAGCUUAUUUUCUGAACUGUACUAUCUCAGUGCUUAUAUUUAUCCCUAGCCUGUGAUAGUCUUUUAAAUAAAAUUUAAAAUUUAAUACCUUGAAAUGUUAUAGGUAAAUUUUGGCAUUGUGAUCUUUAGGAGGGCCUGUGUCUGUAUGUGUUCUUCAGGACAGAAAUGUGACAUGUUUAAAGAAGAUCAGAGAAAGAUAUUUCAAUGUAAGAAUUGAUCAAUUCAAGAGUAAUAUUAAAGAAAAACAUGUUCUCCAUUGACAAACGUUAACAAUCACAGUGUAGGAGACUGACUCUUACAUUACUACUUUCAAAAAUAGUUUUCAACAAAUAAAAUCUACCCACAUGGUUAAUAACUCUUGGGCAACAAAGGAAAUUCCCACAUAAGUAAUACCAGAGCAAGUAUUUGGUGGUUCGCAGUAAGAGGGUGUGCACAUGUGUAAAUGCAGUUGACAAAAAUGCAGACUUUAUCCUAAGUUAGUUAAUUUGAAAUAUCUUAAAUACUACUUCAUCAUACCAGGAGGACUUGUUCUCAUUACUUUGAUUUUAAAAUAAUUAUUAAAUUUAAAAAACCAUAAAUCCUC